AUGCUUUCACUUUCCCUGCCCCCCCUCUCUCUCUCUGUCUCUCUCUCUGGUCGCUUGCUUGUCAACCCACUUCACCCAGCUCCAAUCGACUUCAGCUGCAUUUUUCUGAUAUACACCGGUUCUGUAGCCGCUGAUCCUGAGCCUUGUAAGAAAUAUCAGGAAAUCCGUGACAACGACCGAAGCAUCUUGUCGGGUCCUGGAAAUAAAUGUGAUAAACAUCUUACACAUGGUUGGUACAGAUUCUAUAUUGACGACGAAUCAGCCAUAAUACCUACACAGUGCAUCAAGCCUGGAUUUUGUGGUGCAGUCAUUGGAAUGCACGUCAAUUUAAAUGGAGCAUCGAUGCCUGCAGAAGGUGAGACGAUAUCUGCUGUGGCCUGCGGGUCCUAUUCGAUCCUGGAUCACUGGUCUUGCUGUGCCCUCCAACAGGAUAUCCAUAUUCGACAUUGCCCCGGCAAUUUCUAUAUUUACAAGCUCAAACCGACUGACAGGUGCCCCGUUUCCUAUUGUACUGUGAAAAAUUCAACCAACAUGGAAUCCAAAGUAACUGUUCGCCAUGGAUACCAUAUUUCUCAUGUAGAUACGACAGUGGCUGAGAUAACGACCCAACAAAUAGAAACAACAGAGAGUCCAAAUUACACUACAGGAAUGAAUUUGGAUGGAAUUCAGACAAUGGAAGAUGAAACAGUGAAGAGCACAGAAAUGGCAUCAACAAAAGAAACGGUAACUUUGCCAGUAUUAUACGAUGAGAAGAAACUGAUAAACGACAUGGUUUCGUCUGGUUCUGAUGAACAAAUCGAUCAGGAUACAACGCAAGUCUCCUACGAGUUCACUUCGAGUGUCCUGGGGAAACAAAAUGCAAGUACCGUCCAGUCGGUUAUCUCAGCAACUACAACAAUAUCUGUCCCAAUAACCAAUAAGACUACUUUGAAUAGCAUGGACCGAAAGCCGGCCGAGUUGAUAUUCCUUCUCAAUGGACAAAAUAGAGAAGAAGUUCUGGCAAGUUUCCAUGCCAAUUUCACAGCUGCAAUGCAAAAGGCAAACAGAAACAUCCAUAACAUCACUGUGAAGAAAAUUUAUCCCAUUAACAAUGUAAUCAAAAUAUUAUUUUGGGCAUACGACAAAGACGGAAAUCUCAUUCCAGGCUUCCGAGUGGAGGAGAACAUGGAAAUGAGGGAAAAGGUGGAAGAAGCGCUUGGUCUUCGGGCGCAUCCACAAAGACAAGACAUCUUCCAAGAGUACCUGGCACUGUUCAUCAUCCUUAUUAUCAUUGGCUUCUUGUGUCUCAUCAUUUUGUUGUCCAGUUGCAUGUAUCUCUACUGUCGACGACACUCAGGACAUUGGGAUCGUGCACUGGCUGAACAGUACCACGUGACUGUUGUGCCAAGACGAGAAGCCCGCAUUUCAGAAAACCUUUAUUCAGACGAGACCAUUAUGAGCGAUGAGAUGUUGGAAAAGUCGCACAGCAGCCUGGGAAGCCAUUACGUCGGUGUCGGCAAUCUUCAUGAUCUCAGCUACCCCAACAGUCUGUCUGGAAUCAAAGCAAUGAAUAACAAGAACACCUUCAACACAUAUCCUAAUACUUAUGGGUCCUUGCCAAAAGAUGGAAUCGAGGGAUUGGUGGUGCCUAUCGACCAACUAAAACCGGAAAAGGAUGCGUUGAUCAUUGAAGACACUGUCUUGUGA